AUGACCCACCAUAAGGACAAUAGAGGUCUUGGGAUGCGAGAUAUCUUGGCUUUUAAUGACGCCAUGUUGGGUAAGCUGAGCUGGCGACUUAUUCAGAACCCGAAUAGCCUUUUGGCCAGGACAUUACUUGGUAAAUACUGCUGGAUGAAUGACUUCCUGAGCUGUGAGUGUCCUACGUCUGCUUCUCAUGGCUGGAGAAGCAUUUUGUGUGGUAGAGAUCUUAUUCGCAAAAACAUUGGAUGGGCUAUCGGUAAUGGCAAGUCUGUUAAGUUGUGGGGUGAGAACUGGUUAUCCACGUCCCAACCCUACUCCCCUCACGGUCCUUUGCUCCCGGAACAAGAGACUCUGCGGGUCUCAGACCUGUUAGAUGCCACUUCGUUUGAGUGGAGCUGUGAAAAAAUUUCGAAGCACCUCCCAGGCUUGGAAAACGAAAUCCUCGCAAUAAAACCAAGUAUUUUUGGUGGAAGAGACAGGCGUAUCUGGUUGAAGGACAAAUCAGGCGUCUACACUACCAAAUCAGGAUAUUAUGCUGCUAAGGAGGAUCGUCUCCCUCCCCAACUUGAUUCUUGUCUGAGCUGGAGAUCAGAUGUGUGGAGGAUCCAAACAGCUCCUAAAGUAAAGUCAUUUCUUUGGAGAGCAGCCAAUGGAGCUCUACCAGUGGGUGCAAAUCUGGAAAACCGAAUUCAAGCAAGUGCCUUUCCUUGCUCCCGAGUCACCUUGGGUUUUGACCCUCCUCCAAACCUCCAAUUUGACAGCCUGUGGAAAGCUUGUCGAUUGAUCAAAUGCCCCGAGGCUCCGUGCACCCCUGUUGGAUCUUUAGCCUCUUGGCUAUGCUGGUAUAUUUGGACCGCAAGAAACAAGAGGGUGUUUACGGACAGGGAUUUCUCUGUCUCUGAGAUCAUCACUAAUGCCCUCAAUGCUUCCAAAGAAUGGACUGCAAACCAGGGGAGUAAACCCAAGGCUGCUGAGUCAUUGGUGCCCCAUCUCCCCCAUGACGUUACCACUGAAGUGAUCUGCCACUCCGAUGCAGCGUGGAACGCAUCUAACAACACCGCAGGGCUUGGAUGGACAAUUCAAGCUGGGAAUGAGUCUCCCAUUCAGAAGUUCUCGGCGACUUCCCAAUGCGUCAGAUCACCCCUCAUGGCAGAAGGUCUUGCCAUUCGAGCGGCUCUUUCUCAUGCUGCAGCUGAAGAUAUAAGGUCUAUCUUGGUCAACUCCGAUUCCUUAUCAUUGAUUAGAGCUCUAAGCUCUGGAUCAUUCAUCUCUGAACUCCAUGGAAUUCUCGAGGAUAUCUCCUUACUUUCCAGUGGUUUUGAGAAUGCAACUUUCAAUUUUAUCCCUAGAUUAUCAAACACUGUCGCUGAUUCCCUAGCUAAAUCCGCUUUGUAUUCGGUUGAACCAAUUUCUAUUUGA